CGCCAAUUUUGACCACCAUUAACCAAUCCAAGCUCUCCCACUCUCUCGGAGCCAAUUACAACUCUUCUGUUACCCACCACCCAACUUAAAUUGAAAAAACUCAUCACCUUAAGUUAGCUUCCAGUUUGGACUUGACAAUACAUCAAACACUUCAAUCUUCAACACCCCCAACAUGCUCACCAUCGCUCUCUACCUCUAUUCCUUACUCCACCUCCUCUCCUCCACGGCGGCCACAACACCGCCUUACACACCCACCGAUUACUUCCUCCUGAACUGCGGCUCAUCCUCCAAAGCCACGUCACCAGACGGCCGGAGCUGGGACGGUGAUGCCACCUCAAAAUUCUGGCCAUCCAACAUCGGCACCACCUCAUCACCAUCCACGGCCACCGAACAAGACCCUUCUGUCACCGACAUCCCUUUCCUCACCGCCCGCAUCUUCACCUCCAAAUUCACUUACACUUUCCCCGUCUCCUCCGGCCCCAAAUUCAUUCGCCUCUACUUCUACCCAGCCACCUACUCAAAUCUCGACAGAUCAAAAUCUUACUUCUCCGUCACCGUCGCAAACUACACCCUCCUAACCAACUUCAGUGCCUUCCUCACCGUCUCUGCUUUGGUUCCCCAACAAUCCUCUCUCGUCAAAGAGUUCAUUCUCAAUGUCAGAGACACCCAAAAGCUCGACAUAACAUUCAACCCAUCUCCCAACUCAUACGCCUUUAUCAACGGCAUUGAAGUCGUUUCAAUUCCCAACAAUUUCUACAUGAAAGGCGAUCUCAAUCCUAUCCCUCUUGUUGGCUCUCAACAAUUUUUCUAUAUCGAUGACAACACUGCUCUUGAAACUCUGUACCGGUUAAACGUUGGUGGCAACGACGUGUCUGUGAAUCACGAUACCGGCAUGUACCGGACGUGGCAGCAAGAUGACCAGUAUAUAUACGGCGGCGCCGUUGGUUUGGUGCCUCACCUUGAGAUCCCAAUUCGGUACACUAACGGGACACCGAAUUACACCGCUCCGGCGACUGUGUACACUACGGCUCGGACCAUGGGAAGGGACCCAUAUGUAAACUUGGAGUACAGGUUGACUUGGAUCUUCAACGUUGAUUCUGGGUUCCUGUACUUGGCUAGGCUUCAUUUUUGCGAGUUUCAACCGGAGGUAACCAAAGAAAAUGAGAGGAUAUUUUCUGUGUAUAUGAAUAAUCAGACUGCUGAUCAGGAGGUUGAUGUUAUACACUUGAGUGGCGGUCGCGGAAUUCCUGUUUUCAAAGAUUAUAUUCUUUCAGUCCCAGUCGUCGAUGGUCUCCGGAGUAAGGUGGAUUUGUGGCUCGCGAUGCACCCGAAUAUGAACUCCAAGCCCAUGUACGCUGAUGCAAUCUUGAACGGUUUAGAGAUCUUCAAAUUGAAUCAAUCGGACGGUAGUCUCGCCGGGCCCAAUCCUGAAUACGAUAUGGUUCCUGCACAGCCGGCACCGUAUCCAAAGCUACCGGGCAAACAGAAUAGUAAAACGUCCUCGUGGUUGGUCGUCGCCGUCUCCGGAGGUGUAAUCGGCGGAGUAUUCUUGAUUUCAGUGAUUGGCUUCUUGAUUUUUAGCCGACGGAGGAGGGUGAGAGACUCCGGAGCAAGCGUGGUCAAGUCAUCGUGGGUCCAAUUUUCGAUUUCACACACGUCAAAGUCCACGAAGACUAACGCUUACCGUCUAAUCUCUAACGACAUUUCUCACUAGCAGAACUCAAAUCUGCUACGCUCGACUUCAAAUGGGAUUUUGUGAUCGGCACCAGACUUGACUAUCAAAAGCUGCUGUGGAGGGUGGUGCCGAAGACUGAUAAAGACGGUGAUGAGAUGUUUUUCUCUGCAGUUCUGGAAAAGCUAACAAGACGUUAUACUCACUAGCGUCUCUCCUGCAAUACUCUCUGUAACUGAAGCUUCGGCUAAAAAGAGCAACUCAAUGAUCUCUGGUGAUCAGUGCAAUGCCACCAUUGCCGAAUGCUUAGCAGAUGAGGGAGAAGGAGAAGAAGAGUUGUUGAUGGAAUUAGAGAUGACUAGAAGGUUUCUUGCUUCUAACCAAAAGUUUAUUUCGCUAGGAACUCUAGGGAGGCCUCCCGUAUGUAAGACAAUGAUAUACGGCAAUUACAUCGGGCAAGCCAAUAAUUAUAAACGGCCUUGUACCACCUACAAUCGAUGCAAACACAGUCCUGGAUGAAUUGAUGAAGCCAAAAUCAUGUGAUUCAUGGAACAAUGUGGAAUGGGGAAUUUCAUGCCUCUUGUUCUCCUUGAUUGAUUUUUCUUGUUUUGUAUGUGAUCAUAAAUAGUGUGUAUGCCUUUAAAUAUCAGUGUGAUUAAAUGUCA